AUGAGCACGGCUACCACAAGCAGGCGAAGUGAAGCCGCAAGUGGGCCCAAAGGGCGUGGAGCAGGCGCAAGCAAGGCUCGGGCGGCAAGCGGAGCGAGCAAGAGGAAGAAGAGGAAGAAGAAGGCCGUGGCGGAAACCCCGUUCUCCAUCGUGAUCUCCCGGCCGCCGGAUGGCGUUCUCUACGUCGAUCCGCAGACAAACUGCUUCCUCGACUACAGACUCUAUCUCGAGCUGUUGAUGGACAAAAAGCGGGGCGGGCCCAAGACUGCCUGCUUUCCCACCUUUGAGCGCGACGAGCUCAAGUCGGCCGGUGCUGGCGCCUGCCACUUUGAGAGCUACGCCCGCCACAUUGUGUUCUUCAAGGGCGGCUUGCCGCGCUUUCGUCGCAUGGGCCGCGAGAAGCACUUUGAAUGGAUCGCCCCGCGUGGCGCAAAGCAGGUUCUUGACGACCAGCUGAGUGUCCAGUAUCGCCGGCGGCAGGACCGCAAGUACGUCUUUCGCAAGAUCUGGCUCGCUGCUGACGGCGACUCGAACCCCGAGUACGCCAUCUUUCACUGCCUCGAGGUCGACGAGUCGAACCGCGAGUCGCUGACCCUCAAAAAGUCCAAGCUGGUCGAGAAGGAGCGCAUCGAGUACCUUGCCCGAGUUGAGGCGGUCAAGGGCGAAAAGGCGUUUGUCAAGGCCCGCGAGCGUGCCAUGCGUGCUGCGCAUGCCACCCAGGUCACCCUUGAGGCCCGCGCCGCAGGCCUGCCCGAGCCCAACCCGGCCACGAUUGUGGCUGCCGUCGCGUCGGCGCAGAAGCGGCGCAAGCGCCGCGCCAAGGCGCUGGCUGAGAAGAUGUCGGCGUCGUCGGGAGCGGCCAAGGCGGCCGACGAGUCCAAGCCGGCCAAGGGCACGGCAGCGUUCAAGAAAGCGAGCGCCCGGACCAAGUCGCUGGCGGGAAGCACCAAGGUCGUGCCUAGCAAGAGGGUCAAGUCCUCGGCGCCGUCGGACAAGACCAAGCGCACCCAGCUGCGAGUCGUCCUGCAGCGGCCGUCGCUCAACAGCGCUGCCGGCGGAGGUGUGGUGUCCAAGAUCGCGGCGCUGCCCGAGGCAUCCGGCCUCGAGCCGGAGAGCGCUGUCGGGUCGGGCAAGCGGCGGGUCCGGCGGCGACGGGUCCGUACUGGCCGGCGCAGUUCGCGGAGUUCCAGGUCGGGCGCCGCCAAUGAGGGCUCGGCGUCCGACUCGCGAGCCUCGCUCUCGUCGGAAGACUUGCUGGCCAAUCCGCGCCUCGACGGCGGUGGCUCGGCCUCGUCGUCGUCGAUGCUCGAGUCUUCGGCGGUCCACGAGGCGCUGAUUGCGCUCGCCCGCUCGCCCGGACGGUCGCAGUCGCGCAAGCGUAAGCGAGCAGCGUCGGCGUCGCAGGACACGGCGUCGCUCGAGGUCUUUUCCGAGGCCAUUUCGCAGUCGCAGUCGAUGCAGGCAGCAGCAGCGGCGGUGAUGUCCGGCGGGGUAGUCGGCGCGAGCCCCAAGGUGUCUCCAGCGGCGUCGUCGGCGAGCUCCAAGCCGCCGUCGCCGCCCGGGCCGACGCUCAUGCCUGCGGCCAACACGCCGUCAUCAGUUCUCCGCGUCGACGACAACGUACUGGCCAUCGAGGUCGGCACGGUUCCGUCGAUGAAGCGACGCAAGGUGCUGACCGGCACCGCGGCAUCGUCGUUGGCGGCGCUUUCAUCGGUGGCUGGUGGUCGGCCUGCACGGUCGUGCCUCGACGACGACACCCACGACGACUACCUCGACGAGCCGAGCCCGUCCGGCUCAGUCAUGUUCCACGGCGAGCGGCUCGAGUUGCUCGACUCGGACUCGGCACUGGAGCUCGGGACCGGCCGUGGCUUCCAGCCGGCGUCGUCGAUCUUCCGAGGGCAGAUCCGCGGUAGAGUCGUCGGCCGCCAGCAGGUUGUCACCAAGUUCCCGUCACAGGAGAAGAUGGAGACGCUCUCGCAGACGCUCGCCAAGCUCACCCCCGAUCCGUCCUCGCCCUCGCCCGACGACUCGUUGCCGUCGGCGCCCGCGCCGCCGCCUCCGCCGCCGCUCGCGCUCGACUCGCCGCCGCCAUCACCGCGCGCCACCUCGGGUGUUGGCAGCGGCAUGGGCGGACCAGUUCUCGCUCGCAACAACUCACUUAUCGAGGCUCGCGUCCCCAUGGAGUGGACCGGCGCGCCAUCGCCGCCGGCCUCGCUUCCGCGCACCGCCUCGCUCGGACCCAUAUCACAGCUCCUCGACCCGUCGCAGUCACAGGAAUGAGAGUAUGACCAUGGACGUGAACCUUGCGAACGGCAGCCUCUUGCACCCCCC